GGGCAGGUACUAGUUCUAAUUUGGAACGGUCUAAUUGGGGGUGUCGAAGUUCUAGAAGCAAAUGGUCUAUAUGGUCUAUCGCACCUUCCACGUCUAAAGGCUGCGAUUUUACUUCUGCCUUGUCACUUAGACGUUAAAGUCAAUUCAUUUGUAACCGACUAAAAACUUCCCAAAUCCAUAACUUGCCUCUGUUCUUCCCGUCGUCCCGAUGUCGGGUCGCUAUGAAAUGGGAACUCUAAGGCGCACCGCAGACCAUUUAUAACCACGGAUACACCCAAUUACCUAGUAAUUUAUGCCACCGAUCGCUAAAUUUUGACAUACAAAUCCGAAAUCUCGCCAAGUCCCUCCCUCUUUCGGCCGCCAACCUGAGGCGCGCCUCGAUCGUCUGCCCACCAUGUUCCGACUCUUGCGAUCGCGACCGAAUCCUUUAACCCUCGCUACUAGAGUUCAUGGAUCUACCGGUCCUAUGCCUCAAGUUAUGCAGGUACAGAGGGUAAGGAUUCGCCGAAAGUGGUUCAAGCCAAAGAACUUCAUACUCGCUGGUUGCAUCUACUAUAUCUGUUACCAAGCCUACGAGGCGUCUAUCUUCAUGACCCUCUCCGCCUGGUUGGAAGAGCAAGAGAAACACUUAACUAGGAAAGAAAGGGAAGAGAUGGAAGAAGAGAUGCUCGAACCUAUGUUUUUCCCGAUCCCCUUCACCACUAGACCUGUCGAAUCACCGCCGUACAGAGGUUCGGAUCCGGAGUGGCAGACGUUUAUCAGGAUCAAUGGCGAUCGGGAGCUGACGAGGAGCAUACAAGACGAUCUCGCCGAGCUUGUUCGCAAAACCGCACUACGAAGCAUAGUACUUGUCCAGAGAUGUGGUAAGGACAUGUCUCUAAGUCGAUAUUGGCUUCAUAUCAUAUAUCCCAGCAGACCGCCGCCAACCUUCGUUCAGAAAGGGAUAUCGAUAGGUGAUGAGGUUGCUAUUACGGAGAAACCUAUCGACACUACGGCAGCUAUCUGGAUACGGCGUGCUCUCUGGCCCUAUCCGAUCACCGUAUCAUUGUGGAGCUUUACGGGGGCGCUCAUGAAACAGAACGUUUCGCACGUCGCCAAGAUAUUUGGAUACGACCCUAAUCCCGAUUCAAACCCUUCUCUCCAGAAAACUAUAAAAGAUGUGGAACAGAGGUUGAAGAACACGGUAGCCGAAGCCGACUCUAAAGCAUCUAAGACCCCGCCUUCCACGAAGCCCCAAGAAGCCGGUGGUUCAUCGGGCGACUCUCCUUCCCCCAUCGAGAACAGACCGGCCGGAUCAUCGCCAACUCCCGAAUCCUCGGCUGCCUCUCCCAGUUCUGGAGUGAGUCGUCCCAUCCCCGUUAUUUCCGGCGUCGAAUCCAACAAGCCGAAGAGUGUCAAGGAUAUAUACGGUAUAGAAUCUACUCAGGAGCACAUGAAAGGGCCGUGGAUGGCGUUCAAGCAGAAGUUCGGUCAGACCUGGCGACCUAUCCAAGGUCUCCCUCCGCGAGGUUCUAUCUUCAUAAGCGGGCUCGUCGAAAUCGCUACACCACGCGCUUAUAUCACUGUUGAUGCCAAAGCGUUCUGGGAUCCGAAGACGAAGACGUUCGACACGAAAACGAUGACUUUUCGCCUAAGGACAAUUCGCAUGAAGACGCAAUCUCCUGCUAGGUACUAGAUCAACGUCUUAUUUGCGGAUCGGACUACGGCCGUAAGCACAUAACUAAUGACAUUAUUGGACUGGGGCCGGCGUUCACGGAAGGAAAGAGGCAUAGGAUCAAAAAUGUAUAUCCAUCCGGUUGGUAGAAGCUGGGGGGGAAUUCAUUAUUGCGUGCAUAAUGAUGCAUAAUAGGGGCGUUCUCGGCUUGUUAGGUAUAAUUUGACUUUCUCUUGCGUAUAAUGGAAGUAGAGAGCGAGCGAGUUUUGAAUAAGAGGGCCCACGACUAGUAGAUACCAUAGAGAUAGAACUCAGCAAGUUCUUCCCGCUGGAUAGCGAAGGGUUUAGCUAAUUCUAUACGAUUUGCUUCCCGAGAGCUUGAAAGUACGUCAAGGCUUCGAGUCUGUGGUCGUCUCUCUUGCCCUCGUGACCACUUGCCUCCCUACCCAGCCUUCCAUCAUCAUCAUAACAUUCUUCUGUGGUCUAACUUGGGAUUAGGUGUGAAAAAGUCAGGCUAGGGGUAUUCAUGUUCUUAAUCUCAUUAACUGGUCAGCCGCAUUAGAUUUCACAAUUGUUUUCUAGUUAAUUCUUUACUUUAACCGGUAGUUAGGAAGUUAGGGGUGUGCAUUAACACCGAGUAGAGC